AUGACGUCCAGGUUCUCUUCUUUCUUUGGGUCCCAGCGGACCUUCCGGAUAGCAGGCCGCCAACGACAGGAAGAAGUCAACCUGCACUCUAGUGCCUUCGAUGGACUAGAGGAACGAGAGCCAUUCAUAGUUGACCGAGAACAUGUCGAACAAGAGCAUUUUACACCAUGGAUAACUCGGAAGUUACUGCGCACAUGGAGCGACAUACGAGAGUUCAUCAUUUCAGAGCAGGGAGCGGGAAUAUUCAAGUGCAGCCUCGCAUAUCUACUCGCAUCCCUAGCAGUUUUCAUACCCAUGAUCGGGAAUCUCUUGGGCCAUCAGAACGGUAAGCAUUUGGUGGCGACGAUCACAGUCUACUUCCAUCCAGCGAGGACGCAAGGCAGCAUGUACAAAGCACUAAUAUGUGCCUUCGUCGCUUUUAUCUUUGCGGCGAUUCUCUCGCUAUCCAGCAUGUGGGUUACAAUUCUCUUUCAAAGAAAGCACGACAUGAUUGAAUUAGGCCAUGCUGUGGUGCUGGUAGUUUUCGUUGCCGGUGGAUUUGGGUUCAUUGGAUGGACCAAACAGAGAAUGAGUGAUCCGCUAGUCAAUGUUGCCUGCUCUUUGGCUUCGCUGGCAUCAACCAUUGUCAUUACCAGGGAAGGUGCUGUGCAGAGUGGCGCCCUUUCUUUCGACAAGAUAUCCCAGGUCCUGAGAAUGGUUCUUUUAGGCGUCGGGAUUGCGGCAGCUGUAUCGCUGUCGAUAUUGCCUCUUUCUGCGCGGAAGCAGUUCCGAGGAAAUCUUUCAACUCUAACAGACACAGUGACGUUGAUGCUCGUGAAUAUCACAGAUAGCUUCCUUCGCGGAUCGGACUACGAGCUCCAAAAGGCAGAGUUUAUCAAUCUCUCUGCACGUCACGAUAAAGCCUUCGGUCAAAUGAAGAAUACAAUGGAAGAGACAAAGUUUGAGCACUAUGUGGCGGGAACAGGGCUAGAGUAUCAUCUUGAAAAACGCCUCGUGUGUUUCAUGCAAGACAUCACCCAUAGCCUAGGCGGUCUACGCAGUGCGGGUGCUUUACACUUUGAAUUACUUGCACCGACCAGGUGUACGAGGCCAACACAGAUGUCGUGUCCGCAAACCGACUCCUCUGUUUCCGUCACCAUAGAACGUCCGAGGCUAGUCAGUCAGCCACAAUCUGUUUCGAAAACAGACGUGGAACGCUACGAGGCAGAGAAAUUACAAUCUGCACCUAAGAUUCAACAGGACGCUCCCUUGAACCAUCCCGGAGACGAUUUUGAAUUAAUAAUAUCUCGGCUCGAAAUUUCCAUGCUCUCCCUGGCUUCUACCCUGAGAGAUAUCUUCAAAGAAGUCUCUUUUGGACCUGCUCCCGACUACAGGAUCUCCAUUAAUGGUGGAGCUCGCCCCCGUAUCGAUGAAGCAGUCAAGACAUACCGAGAAGUUCGAAUGUCCGCUUUGUGUUCGCUUUCUCACAGAAGAGAGAUAAUGUCUUUCACGCAGGAGAGCAAAGCUGGUCUUGAGGAAAUUUUCGCAAGCUGCGAUUAUUUUUCCGUGUCGCUCCUCAAGUUAAGUGAGAAGCUGCAACAGUUCUUAUCUGUUUUGGAGGAGCUUCAAAUCGAGGUUGAGGGAAGACCUAACGGAGUGUCUUGGACCUGGGCGUGUGUUUCGUGGUGGCGGGCUGAUCAUCAAUGUGAGAGACACCGUUUGAAUCCAGCGCCUUCUUCGAGCCCUUAUCACACCGAAGUCAAUAGUACAAGUUUGACACGCAUGUCCAAUCCCACCGAUCAGCUUGAAAAUCGACUCCGAAGACAAACACGAUACGAAAGGGCUGAUUCUCAUGCUUGGAGACCUUUUGAUUUCUUUCGCACAGAUGAAAUCAAGUUCGCUCUCAAAGUAGGGAUCGGAGCAGCGCUUUAUGCCUUGCCUUCAUUUAUAUCCUUGACGAGACCGCUCUAUUUGUUUUGGAGGGGAGAAUGGGGCCUUCUCUCAUACAUGUUAGUAUGCUCGAUGACUAUUGGCGCAUCAAACACUACGGGUUAUGCUCGGUUUCUUGGUACAUGUCUUGGGGCCCUUUGUUCGAUAGGGGCCUGGUACAUUACCGGAGGAAAUGCUUUCAGGCUCGCAGUGGUGGGUUUUGUUAUGGCCCUCGGGCAAUUUUAUAUGAUCAUUGUUAAGGGUAAGGGCCCCAUGGGCCGAUUCAUACUACUAACCUACAACCUGUCCGUGCUCUAUGCUUUCUCUUACUCGCAAAUCGAUGGCAAUGAGCAGGAUGACGGGGGCGAACACCUCGAUAUCACUGAAAUUGCCCUUCAUAGAGUCAUCUCUGUCAUCUCGGGCUGCCUUUGGGGUAUCAUCAUCACACGAGGUAUCUGGCCCAUUCGCGCGCGGACAAAGCUCAAUAAUACUUUACAUCUGCUGUGGUUCCGUUUAGUUUUGAUUUGGAAAUCCGAUCCAUUGAACACAAUGGCUACGGCAGAAGCAAGCAUGUCUGUGCUCUACAUGAAUUCUCAUGACAAGAACGAGAUCGAGCGCCUCCUUUCACAGCUCGAGAGUCUUCAGGUAUCGGCGCGCUCCGAAUUCGAACUGAAAAGUCCUUUUCCAGAUGCCGAAUACCGUAACAUCAUUCGCCAGACAAGGGGCAUUGUAGACAAUUUUCAUUCUAUGAAUCUCAUUCUAGUCAACAUCCCUACGCCAUCGGAAGGUCAAAUCUCUCUUCUACGAUAUACUGCCGCUGUUAGACAGCAGCUGUCUGAACGUAUCGGUCACCUGCUAACUGUCAUGGCAUCGUCAAUAGCUCUGGAGAGUACCUCCAGCAAUGUUCCAACAAAUAUAAAAGAUUCACGAGACCGCCUUUUGGAACAAAUUUCUCACUAUCGCCAAGGACGAAUGGCAUCCCGUUUGACUAAUGGCGAAGACUAUGUAUUACUAUCCUCAUUCGUUCUUGUGGCCCAGCUAUUGUCAAAUGAGAUCUCUGAGAUAAUGGUGGAACUGGGUCACAUUUUCCCAGUCUCGGAUGACGAAGACUCUGUUAAUGCAGACAGAGUAUAA